UCGCGUUCUCAGCAGGCCUUAAACCCUUCAAAAAUAGAAAGGGGGAAAAGAGAGAGCUCUGCAGCGAAAUAAAAUCAAAAUCGAAGUGGCAUCGUCUCGAUUUAGGGUUCCGAAAUUCUAUGAUCCCAUCGGCUCGACAUCGAUCUCUUUCGUCGUCGAUGCAGUCGGCUGCGAGAAGAAUCUCCUUGAUUUCUCGCUCCAAAAGAGGUUUUGUUGAGAGAUCUUAUGCGGUGCUUGGAACGAAGAGAUGUUUUGUGGCUUCAGUUCCUUCUGAAUCGUUCGGAGAGGAGAAGAGGAGGGGUAGGGUGUCGAGGCAAGAACGGCGGCGAAUGCUUGAAGAUUUUGUUGAGAGAUUUAGGGCUUUAAAUGCUGGGAAGUUUCCUACUGUAUCCCAUGCUAAAAAGCAAGUAGGAGGGUCCUUUUAUGUUGUAAGGGAGAUCAUUCAAGAAAUAGAAUACAAUCAUAGGACAUCCCCUAAAAAGCUAGAAAAACCUGCAGGAUGGGCAAAAAAAGAUGUGAAUGCUAAUACAGUUGAAAGUUUGGUUAUAAAAGAUGGCUUAGAAGUUGGACCUGUACAAUUGCCUCUUCUUUCUACCAAUACUGAGAAUGCCUUUAUAGAAGAGUCCUCCAGUCAUUCAACUACAGAAGUAGUCCAUUCAAAUGAGAAAAUUAUUGAAGGCAAUGAAGAUUCUCGAAUUAGCAAGCUGAUAUCAUCUGAUGAUCAUUUUCUUAUUGAAGACCAAGAGAAGGAUUCCCCUUCAAGAUUUGUCGAACGCGAUGCUUCUGAUGCUGUCCCACAUCAGGUGAUUGAUAUUGAAUCACCCAAGAAGGACUCCCCUUUAAGACUUGCUAAUGAUAAUGGCAAAGAUAAUGUUGAAGAUCCUACCAAAUUUCAGGCCGAUACUUCAGUGCAUCUGAAAUUGGAGACAGAAAUAGACGCUUUAAAUACUUCAAAAAGUAUAGAAGACAAAAGCUCACCUGCAUCUGCUCAGGAAGAAAGUGAUCUAAGAAGCAAUGAAGAAGUGUCUAAAUCUGAUUACCUUACUGGUGACAGUUCAAGAACGGUCAAGGACGAUUCAGUUUCACCAAAAGGAUCAAGCAUUUGGCGCAACCUGAGAUCUCUGGCAGAUGGGAUCCUUAACUUGUGGAGGAAAAAGUAAAUACAUCUCUUAUGGCUUGCUGUUGGGUACUAUCACUUGAGUUACCCAAGUUCAUGCUUGUGUUCAGCUAGCCUGUGAAUUUGGACUUGCUGAUGCUGGCAUUUCUUCCUGGCGGUCAAAAUGUGGGGAUUUUCAAGUUUGGUGGCACUUUCCUUUUGAGAAUAAUUCUUUUUCGCAGCCUUUUUGAUCUUGUACAAGGAGAUUCAGUGUAAAUAGAACAUGCUGAUUAUUUGGCAUGGUGAAGAUAAUACCCAUAAGUGGGACUCCUUUGAAUAUCAUUAUGCCCCGACAAGGGGCAUGUUAAGCAGAUUGAAACAGUCGCCAGAAACUAUUGUAUCAUCAGAAGGCUUAUAAUCCCCCCCUAGCUUUUAGCAUCUAACUUGUCAUUUUGAUUGGGCUUCAGUCGCAAGUAGAAAUCUGAAUGUCCGAGUUUGUCCUAAAUUUGCGAUAAUUUAUGUUCAUCUUGAGUACAUGUUCUCUUUGUUACUCUUCCAGCUGGGUGGUUUUGUUUUUCCCUUUUCCCCUCCUGAAUUUAGUUUCAAUUGUAAUUUACGUUGUAGUUCCUAGUUGAUUGCUGAGGAAAUUACUAUGCCCCUCUCUGUUCUGAGAUCAAACUUCACUCUGUGCAUGCUACAUUUUUGUGAAAAAUAAAUAGACUCGAAGAACUUUUA